AUGAGUGAUCAACAAAGUCAGUUAAUCGAAACUCCGGCCUCGCCAACAAAUUCUGCCUUGGAAAACACGGAAAAUCAAUCGACUAACGAACGUUCAUGUCGAGUGACCGCAAUGCCACAAGACGUUCGUUAUGCAAUUGACGAAGACGAUCGAACAAAAUUAACGGAAAAAUACAAUAAUUACGAAAUUUCCAAUACCAAUGCCUGUAAUAUACGAUUUUUAACCGAUAGUCGACAGAAAAAGACUUUAUUCGGUACAAAAGAUGAAGAAAAAUCCAAUAUGAAUUCUUUUGCCAAAACAUUCCUUGUGAAUUUAUAUCCUGGUUAUCAAAACGCAACGAAACAUUCUUAUAAAAUAUUCGGUACUGAAGCAAACGUUCGUAAAUGUCUGGUAGAAAUUAUGAAUCGAAUGUUUAAACGAUCGGAUCAACCAGCAGUGUCGAAUAACGAAGAGACGAAAAUCUCUACAGAAUCAUCUGCAAUUGAUGAAGGGAAAGUGGCACCAGAACCAUCGACCGACGCUGAAAAAUCGAAAGAAUCAACGACGGAAGAGAAGAACGAGCAAGAUGAUUGUCUUUCACAUCCAACAUCGAUAUUCGUUACAACAAUCAAUCCUGAUUCCUCAGUUACUGAAGAGAAGAAGACGAUCAUCCCAAGCACGCCAAACAACGAGUCACCUCCAUUGGCGGAACGCAAAUCUCAGUGGACAUUUAUUCUGUUAAUCUCGAGCCAAGGUCAAGAAGCUCUUAAAAAAAACUGGAAGUUUUUCGCAGACGCACUACAGCAACGUUUGAACAUAAUUGUGGCAAAUCCGGUAAAAUUACCGAAAUUCGGUGAUAAGCAGGUUCAAAACGAGCUUUCAAUAGCUGGCGAAUCAAUUGAAAGCAUCACGGAUGCCGUCUUGCAAGUCGCUGCUUUCAUCAAUGAUGUUCUCGGUGUGCCAGUUCAACCAUAUCACUAUGGUGAAGAAGCAACUGAUACACCUCAAGAUCCAUCAUCCGUCGCAUUAAAUCAUCAACAAAAGAGACCAUUUUUCAGUCGGAAUCGUAACGGUGCCUUCGAACAACUUAUUCUCAUUCGAAGCGAUUGCGUUCCACGUGUAGUCGGCACACGAGCUGCAAAUCUCAAACGCAUUCAAACCAAAUGUCAUUUACGUGACAUGAUUGUUGGUCGUCAACCUGAUGGAAACGGUUAUAUCGAAUGUACGUUGUCUGCAUAUCAACUGCGGAAUAUUCAUUUUGCUAUUAACACAAUUCGAAAUUUCUUACGCAACGAAGAUCCCAAUGCUGUCUUGGUUUGUGAUCCAAACCGUGAAAAUGAUUAUCCAGAAAACUCGCCACAUGUGCACGAAUUAGUUCCUCCAAAUACAGAACAGACUCCAACUGAAUCGAAUCAAACAAACACAGAAACAGGUUUCUUGGCCAAAUCAUUGAACUUUCCUCAAACCCAAUCCUAUCCUCAGCCCUCGUACAAUUUUCAAAACACUCCCUCAUUCGAUUUUACCCAUCAGGCAACGUCCGCAUCUCGAAAAACAGACAAACGCCGUGGAGAAUUACACGAUCAUAUCAAAACACCAACCGAACCUCAAACUUGUCAAUACGAAAACAUUUUAUCCUAUUCACCACGACACAAGUCGAAACGCACAUGUCCGGAAACGAAAGAAAUCGAUUGUAGCACCGAUGACGGCUUUUGGAUACAAAAACAAUACUAUUACGCAUUGGAUGACGCGUCGAAAGAUAUAUUCGAUUCAUUAAUUGACAAACUGGACAAAAUUCGCAUUGCCACAGAAGAAAAUGCAGCGAAAAAACAACAACGACUUGUGGGAAGAAGUCGAUGCAACAAAUCCAAAGGUCAUUCGACAUCCAUUCCAUAUCUCAUCGAAGCAAAUAACAACGAUCAAAAGGAGUUAAUCAGCAAAGCAACACAAUUAGAAAAUAAUAUCAAAAUUGAUCAAUCGACUGAUGCUCAAGAAGAAAAAGAGAAUAAAGAAGAAUCGUCAAAUACGAUCACUGUGAAUCAGAAUUAA